AUGUCCACUUCCCACCACUACGGAGUCACCUUACCCAACGGCUGCAACAUAGUGCACGGGCAAGGCGCAAACAUCAAACACCCUUUUAGCGAUAUUCCGGUGGAGAUGCACGAACUAGAUCCAGGCGGCAGAACGGCUUUCUCGGGACAGGUUGGAUUCAUUGGGUUCUCGACCGACUUUAGGCUGCCGCGACACGUGCACAUUGCACCCGCCUCUUCUUCUGCGAUGUCGGGAAACGGUAGUGCGCCAGCGCAAAGAUUCAUUGCCGAGCGCAUCGUCGUCUUGAAUGGCGUCGCCCUCGUCGAGCUCAAUGGCGAGAUAUACGUCAUCCCGCCGCAGAGCCUGGUGACGAUCGCGCCUGGAGUGCCACAUACCUGGACGGCGUGUCCGGCAGGAGUGUCGGUUCCUGUCCCGCAGGGCAGCGCUGCGGUGCAGUCGGAGGGAACAUUCCUCAUGCUCUACGAGUACGAAGAACCCACUGCGUUCUUCCCCACCAGGCAGACCAAGACACUCACACACGUGGACGAGUAUGAGCGAUGCGAUGAUCUCGAGUCGAUCAGGAUCCCACACUUAAGCGCCGACGAGGUGAGACAGAAGUGCUGGUUCGUUUGGGAUAGUCAAGUGAGCAGGCUAGGUUGA